AUGUCAACAUCAGAGCUGGAGUGUGCCUUUCUCAUACCAUACACCGUGAGCUUGCUCGUCGCUGGUCUGCCAAUCUUCUUCAUGGAACUCGCAUUUGGCCAGUACGCGAGUCUCGGCCCAGUUACGAUAUGGAAAGUGGCUCCGUUAUUUCAAGGUACUGGAUAUGCGAUGGUGGUCGUGUCGUUUCUACUGGGAAUGUACUACAACGUUCUCAACGGCUACUCCUUCUUCUACAUGUUCCACUCGUUUCACUGGGAGCUGCCCUGGAGCACGUGCGGCAACGACUGGAACAGUGCAGCUUGUAGCUUGUCGUCGAACAACUGUACGGCGAUGAACGGCACGAUCUACAACGGCACGUGCGUGACGGCAGACGACGUCGGCGAUGACGUGUUCGCCACGCUCGGGAAGCCAAAGUCACCGAGCGAAGAAUAUUUCCAACACCGUAACACAUACACGCGCACGCCUGUGUUUCAUAGACAGAGCCCAUGUCUGUCGAAGAUGAAGCGAAUCUUAGAGGGCGCAACGAGCGUUUGGCAUUUUCACGCGACUUACUUCACCGCACUCUUCCCGUACUUCGUUCUCACCGUACUGUUAGUGCGUGGUGUAACACUGCCUGGAUCCGGUAACGGUCUCAUGUUUUACCUCUACCCGAAAUGGGAGUACCUGCUCACAGCCAAGGUGUGGGGCGAUGCCGCAGUACAGAUAUUCUUCGAUUUGUCGCCGUGCUGGGGUGGCCUGAUCGCUCUAGCCAGUUACAACAAGUUUCAUAACAACUGCCUUAGAGAUGCAUUGGUCGUCAGCUUUGGUAACUGUCUAACGAGUGUCUACGCUGGCUUUGCCAUCUUCUCGCUCGUUGGAUACAUGGCGUACGAACUAGGAGUCGACGUGGAAAACGUCGUCGCUAAAGGUCCGGGCCUGGCUUUCAUCGCCUACCCAGCAGGUCUAGCGAGGCUUCCAGGUGCGCCAAUAUUCGCUGUUCUCUUCUUCAUGAUGCUGCUCAGCCUCGGACUUGGCACGCAGUUUACCAUCGUGGAGACGGUGGUCACAGCAGUCACGGACGAAUACCCGAAACUGUUCCGGAAACGGAAGUGGCUGAUUCUGGGUAUCGUCUGCAUCAUCAGCUAUCUCGUAGGACUCGUAUUCUGCACAAACACUGCAUGUACGGUGCUGACAUCUUUUGAUAACUACGCCCGCACCUUUGCCCGUUACUGUCCAUCGCGCUAUCGUUCGAACGACAGUGAAUCUCAUGGGUUUACCGGUGCGGACCGGUUUCUGGAGAACAUUGCUCACAUGCUUGGCUACGAUCCCUGGCCAAGGCUGUUCUGGAAAAUCAUCUGGAAGUGGGCGUGUCCAAUUCUGCUCACGGUGAUCCUGAUCUUCACACUGUACGACUUCGACACGCUCAAGUAUGGGGAAUACGACUACCCGUCGUGGGCUGACGGCAUCGGCUGGGUGCUCUCCGUCAUCUCAAUACUAUUCAUUCCGCUCAUAGCCGUGAUAGCCAUCUGCAAGGAGGAAGGCAGUCUGUUAACGAGUUACGGUGUGGCUUAUUAAAACCACGCAGCGACUGGGG